AUGCCAUAUGUCGAUUCCAAUGGAAAUAUUGUGGAAUCGAAAAAAUCGACAUUGAAUUUGCUUUGGCAGUUUUUAGCAUUCUUUUUGUAUUUUUUUCAAACACUUUUUGGGCCGCUGAUUGGCGAAACAGGAGAUAGGCCAUCACGACACAGAUACGGUUGGGAUGGUAAUGACCGUUGGCCUGGAAGUGGUGGUCCAGGUGGACCUCCAAGAGGUGGUCGUGGGUACGGAACAGGACGACGUCCUAUCGGGCGUCCAGCAUUUUCUUCCGGAAUGUCAUGCCCUCCAAUGGGUGGUGGCAGUUGA